UUCCUACAAGCCCCGUGACCACCACCACCAGAUGCAGAUGUGCACCCCCAGCAACACACCUGCCACGCCGCCCAACUUCCCUGACGCGCUGGCCAUGUUCUCCAAGCUUCGCACCUCCGAGGGUCUGCAGAACAGCAACAGCCCCAUGACUGCUGUGGCCUGCUCCCCUCCUGCAAACUUCAGCCCUUUCUGGGCCUCAUCCCCACCUAGCCACCAGGCUGCCUGGAUCCCGCCCUCCUCCCCGACGGCCCACAGCUUCCACCACCUCCACCACCCACAGCCCACGUGGCCCCCGGGAGCACAGCAGGGGGGCACCCAGCAGAAAGCCGUGGCUGCGAUGGAUGGCCAGAGAUGAGACUGGAUGCGGCCGGGCGCUGGGCUGGAGCUGGGGGGCGGUCCAGGGUCGUGGGGGACACAGGAGGGCCAGGGCAGGGGGGAGCUGGGGCGGGCAGGGGUUUCCUGAAGUUCGCACUGGAAGAUUUUAUAAAAGAGUUUUUGUGGGUGGGGGGACAGUAAACUUCCUGAGCCACUUGGGUCCUUCAGGAGUUUCUCUUCAGGCAAGUUUUUCUUUUUAAUAUAUAACUAUAAUAUAUAUGAAUAUAUAAAAUUAACUAAUGUCUGUGAGAAUGGGCUGGCUGACCGGGGUGCUGAGUCAGCAGGGAUGGGCCAGAGAAUCCUCCCCUUGGGCCAGCACCCCUUCCUCCACCCCAGUCCCAGGGAAGGUGCUUGGAAGCCAGGUGGUGUGCCCUUGCAGUCACACGGAGUCUGCCAGCUGCCUCCUUUCAAAGGUCUCACCUCUGGAAUCCUCUGGGAGAAGGACCACCCGCUUCUCCAAGUGGUGGCUGCAGGAGGGGCUCCCAGAGCUGCUGGUGUGGGGGCCUCUUUGCCAUCACGAGGCUCUCCCCACCCCCAGUUAGUGGCUGGCUCCUCAGUGGCUCUCUGGCUCUUGUCACCUCUCUCGGUGUCACCUCUGUCUCCAGCUGGGUGUGCAGGGCUCGUGCGGGGCCGCAGAGCUGGCUCAGGCCAAGGGCCCGGGCUCUGCUGGCAGGGGCUUGCCCCGCAGCCGCCCGCCCUCCCUCACCGCGCCCGGCCGCACGGCUGACAGCAGAGGGCUUGCCUUUGGAUGUAGUUCCCAAAUCAAUCAUCUCACCAGGGUAAAAUUUUAAUUUAAAAACUUAAAAGAGUAACUUUU